AUGUACUCAACUGGUGUGUUCACAAAUCCAUAUGCCACAGAAGUACUGAGGACUAAAAAGAAUGAACUUGUCACAGGCAUAAACAACCCUGAUCAUCUUCUGAACUGGCUGAUAGACAACAGAAUUCUUGCACCAGAGAAAAAAAUGGUUUUAUCCUACUACAGAACACGAACAGCAAAGAACUCCAGGGUUUUGGAUAUCUUAGUUUCUCAAGGUGAGCGAGCUUGCAGACUGUUCUUUUAUCCCUGUCUGAAAGAGAUAGAGCCACAUCUAUAUAACAGCAUUAGGAAUUAUGUCAAUGAUGUGAAUGGGAGAAUUGGAGAUGCCAGAAGGCAACUGAUAGGGUACCUACUUGAGAAAGAUAAAGGAACUAUUCAAAAGGCUAAGGAUUAUCACCAAAAGAAGAAAGAUAGUCCUAGACAGGUUUUUGCUAAGCGGGGAAAAUUGACUCGGGGAAAACAGAAAGAACCCCAAGUUUCAACUACAGUAAAACCCAAAGACGAUGUCAAUUCUCUUUUUGAUUCUGUGACUAAAGGUAAUAUUUCUGAUCUUAGAAAAGCAUUACAAGAGAAUGAUGUUAAUGCAGUCAACUCUUCAAAUGAAACCCUCCUACACAUUGCAGCUGCUCAUGGGCACAUGGAAAUAAUUGAUUAUUUAAUCAGCAAAGGUGCCAAGCUGGAUGUAAAGGAUAAAAAGGAAAGAACUCCACUACAUAGAGCAGCUGAGAGGGGUCAUGAGAAUGCCGUGGAAAUGCUGCUCCAAGCUGGUGCCAACAUGUAUAGCUUGGAUCAAGGAGGCAAAACUCCACUUCAUUUGGCCAGUCAGAACCACCACACCCAUGUUCUGAAGAGCAUCCUGAAAGAAGAGGCAAGACGAUAUAAGAACCGGAAGAACUUCCUACACAUGGCUGCACUCAGAGAUGAUAAUGACUUGGUACAAAUGCUGUUAAAGAAUGGUGCCUUGGUGGAUGCCAAAGAUGAGAGAGGCCAGACUGCAUUGGGCUAUGCUGUGUCACAGAGAUUUGAGAAGACUGUCAAGGUACUGCUGGAAGCAGGAGCCAGCAUUGACUCCAGCAUGACUGAUGUAGCCUUUAAUAGCAACAACCAAUCCCUGUUCAGGUUAUUGCUGGAAUACUCCAGAGGAUUGUCACCAGAUGCCAUGGUGUCAGCUCUUUUUAAAGCCAUACAGAACGAUCUGCACGGCAUUGUAGCAGCUUUAAUUGAAAGAGGUACUGACAUAAAUGCUCUCAAUGACAUGCAGUACUCACCUUUGCUUGUGGCGUGUGAAAUGGGGAAGACAGUGUCAGCAAAAGUUCUCAUUGAAAAGGGGGCCAGCUUGAAGGACAAGACCCCCAGCUCAAGCACUGCUUUGCAUCUGGCAGUUCAAGCUGGAGCCUCUUCCAUCAUUAAGUUACUUCUCUUAAAAGGAAUGGAUGCUAACAUUGCAGGCCAGGGACACCAAACACCCCUCCAUGUUGCUGCAUUUCACAAUAAGGGAGAGGCAGUUGAUAUAUUAAUUGAAGCAGGGGCUAAAAUUAAUUCAGUCACUAAAGAGCUAUUCACUCCAUUGCACAUCGCAAGUCACAAGGGUCAUGUUGAUGUUGUUCAAAAGCUGUUGCAGCAUAAGGCCAAUGUCAAUCCUAAAGAUAAGCAGUCCAAGACACCUCUCCAUCUUGCAGCCGAAAUGGGAAAUCCAGCAAUAGUGGAACUUCUUCUCAAUUCCAGUGCUGACCCCAGUGCAGCAGAUAAAGAGAAAAAGACUCCACUUCACCUUGCAGCCAUUGGAGGCCAUCUGAACACAGUGAAAGCUCUGUUAGCUAAGAAGUCUAGAUUUGGAGCCAAAGACAUGGAUGGCUGCACACCAAUGCACUAUGCAGCCAUCAAUGGAAGUACAGAGAUAGUGAAAGCUCUUUUGGUGGCAGGGAAGAAUAAAAAUAUUGAUGACAAAAAUAUUUGGAGAAAGACGCCGCUGCAUCUUGCAGCAGAACAUGGACACAGUGAUUUAAUACAUUUUUUGUUGAACAAUGGCUCAGCUAUUAAUGCUUUGGACAACAAUAAAGACACUCCACUGCAUUGCUCUUGCAAAGCUGGCCAUUUCAACUGUGUGAGCAUUCUGGUUAAUUACUCUGUGGGAGAGAAAGCAAAUCUACAGGCUACAAAUAGUCUGAAGAAGACUCCGCUACAAACAGCGGAAUCUAAUUCCACAGAAAACCAAGCUCAAAUUGUUACUUUCUUGAAAAAGAAAAUGUUAUUAAUAAGAUAA